GUUUCCUGUUUCACUGUGCACAGAAUUAACAUAAAACCUACAGUAAGCAUUUUCUCACCAAAGUGACCGUUUUUGUUGUCUCAAUUUCAAAAUAAUACACAUUUACAAAAAUGUUGCCAAAACGCACGUUUAUGAACGGCUUGUGGUUGAGCGCAGCACCAAAAGAUUACUUAAAAAACGGUUUACAAGCGAAAAGUUCAAACUCUUUCGAGAUGAAAACAGCAGCUACUGAAUGAAAGUCGACAUACAAACCAGCAUGUUCCCCCGUUUGUUCCGUGCAUUUUGAGGACUGUAGUGUAGCUCCAAGAGAUGUGUUCUUGAACACAGCUCGGGUUAACUUCUAUGACGCUUUGCUCGUCAGCGCCAACGGCAGGCGCAUGCGUACACUCUUCACUUCCUGACAGCUGCACAACUGCCAUAAAUAUACCUGUUCUCCUACAUGUCUUUCAGUUCUUUAGGUUUUGUUGUAUUUUUUGUGUCAGAGUACACCUGUACCUGUGUCUCGCCUCUCCUCGUGCCUCUCCAUGCGCGCUCCCGUGUACAUGACGGUGUUUGUUUGGCUGAUGAACGAUGCGGCGGCUCGUCAGUUCACUGGGGAGGAGAUGGCUGCUAUCAGACAGCGCAUCAAAUCCAUGUUCUACCACGCCUACAACAGUUACCUUGACAACGCCUUCCCCUUCGACGAGCUCCGCCCACUCACGUGCGAUGGGCAAGACACCUGGGGCAGUUUCUCACUCACACUGAUCGAUGCUCUCGAUACUCUGCUGGUUUUGGGAAACCACACAGAGUUCCAGCGAGUGGCAUCGCUCCUCCAGGACACUGUAGACUUUGACACUGACGUCAACGCCUCUGUGUUCGAAACCAACAUCCGAGUGGUGGGGGGGCUGCUGUCUGCUCACCUGUUGGCAGGUAGGGCGGGCAUGGAGUUGGAGCCAGGUUGGCCCUGUUCAGGACCACUCCUGAGGAUGGCCGAGGGCGCCGCCAGGAAACUGCUUCCUGCGUUCCAGACUGCCACCGGCAUGCCGUAUGGUACAGUGAACCUCCUCAAUGGCGUCAGUCCCACUGAAACACCUGUCACUUGUACCGCCGGCGUGGGAACCUUCAUCUUGGAGUUUGCCACACUGAGUCGACUAACAGGAGACGAAACAUUUGAGAAUGCAGCCCGCCGAGCCCUGAGAGCCCUGUGGAAGACCAGAUCGGACAUCGGACUCGUGGGUAACCACAUUGACAUCCUGUCUAAGAAGUGGGUGGCUCAGGAUGCUGGUAUUGGAGCCGGGGUCGAUUCCUACUUUGAGUAUCUGGUGAAAGGAGCCAUCAUGCUGCAAGACGAGGAGCUGCUCAACAUGUUUUUGGAGUACGAUCGAGCCAUUCAGAACUACACCCGAUUUGACGACUGGUACCUGUGGGUCCAGAUGCAUAAAGGAACUGUCUCUAUGCCUGUUUUCCAGUCUCUGGAGGCCUUUUGGCCCGGCCUGCAGUCUCUCCUGGGAAACCUGGACAGUGCAGUGAGAACUUUCAUGAAUUAUUACUCAGUAUGGAGACAGUUCGGAGGUCUGCCAGAGUUUUACAGCAUCCCUCAGGGUUACACUGUGGACAAGAGGGAGGGAUACCCACUGAGGCCAGACCAACGCUGCCUACGUCUUGUUCUACCAUCGACAAGAUAAGAUCGGAAGACCCACUCUGCCAGCCCCCGACACAAGCCCCACCAACAACAUCACUUCCUGUAGAGAUGACGAUGUGGAGCUGGGCGCUGCUUCCUGCGUCACCAUGGAAACGGACUAAACGAACCCCUGAGGUU